UGAAUCUCGGUGGCGUAAACGUGGGCGUGGCGAUGAGCGGGCGGACAUGCAGUAACAGCGUUUCUCAGAUGCUCAGCUUUGCGUUCACCCCUUGUGGCACGAAUGCGCUGCGCACCUGGCCGCACCUCCUUCCGCUAGUACGUGUUACUUUUUUUUCCCGGCAUCUUCCGCAAGAGCCCGGAACAGGCGCGGAGGGGGUAAAGCCCGAGGCGAGUGACCGCGGGCCGCCUCCUGUGGCACCCCACGUGGUGGUGGCAGGCUCGGCGACCCGCCCCCCGAGAUGGUAGCCGAAGGAAGAGGACCCUCGCCCUCUCCUACGCGGCACGCAGCCAGCGGCGGGGUGACGGGCGGCUGCCGCCGCCACCGGGGCCCGACCGACGUGGCCCCGUCCGAACCUCCCCUGCGGACACCCCCGACGUCCCCCGACGGGGCGCACCACGCCCCGGAGUCCCCAGACCACUCCCCAGGCCACACCGGCGCAACUCCCACACGCACACCUCCCGGCAGUCCCCAAACCGCCCAAACCAUCCGGGCCGUGCACGCUAGCCUCGAGUGGACUCGUCCGCGUGCAGCCGGCGGCCCCCCCUCCGGUAGACCCGCAUGGAGCGGCGUUGCGGCGCAUUUCGUUCCGCUGCUCGGAGAUGCAGCAGUCUGAGAUCGCGGCGCGAUGCAUAUUUCGUGAACUCGUUCAUGUGCCACCCAGCUGUUGACCCAGCACAGCAAACAAAGCAAGCAACAAGAGGCAGCAGGAUAUUUUUUCCGGCGCUUGUAAUUGCUUCCGGCUGCUGCAGCAUGCGAAAACAUGGCCUUCGAGAUUGGUUUCUGUUUCUCGGAGGGAACCGUCGCUGGAUGCGUCAUUUUAAAGAUGGCUAGACAUUGUUCUUACCGUAAAAAUAGACAAGACGAGCUAAGAAAGGAUAUACGCCGACUGAAAGUUAUCUUUGUCUUUUUCCAAUAAAAUGUUUGGAGUGUUAUAGUGCAUGGCCCAUUAGUAAAUUGUGUAAAAAAAAUGAUUGCUAGAGCGCCGCGAUGUUGAGUCAUAUAGAUAUCCCGUUCCGAGAAUCAACAAUUCGAACUAACUACGUGAAGGCAAGUUUAUUCAAAAAUCUGCCCAAUAACGAACGCAUUUAUUACGAACUAGACGCGAGUGCGCUGCACCUGGCGGCGGCACUGCGAAGAGCAGGCGAGCCCAUGGCAGCCGCUUGGGGAGGGGCUCGCAGAGGCUUCACCUGCUACGGGCUUCGCCCCCUCCCCAGGUGGACUCUCCCUCUAACCCACAUCGGGCCGUCUUCCUUCCUGGCAGUGACCUCCAGAGUGAACGAUGGCGGCUUUCCCUUUCACUGUCGCGCGAACAAGGCGCCAACUGGAGCUGGGCACGAUGCUCCGCGAGCGCGAAAUGGAGCAGCCGUUGGCCAAACGUAGCCUUGACCGAUAUCGCACCCGGCGCUUCCCUUUCCACUCGUUAGGUGAGAAACGCCGCCUCUGCUCCGGAGAGAAUCUGCUUCGCUGCGCGGUGCGACAACGUCCUUGUGUUAAGCGCUUCUCAACCGCACUUGUGCACCCGUGAUCGUGCUUCUGUGGCCCAAGAAGAAAGGAAAACAUAAUUGAUCACCUCGUUUACGUAGGUCACGCGGCAAAAUAAUAAAUGACUAACAAUUCAGAUCAAAACAUUCCGCCCGUGUAAGUCUGUAUAGCAAACAGCAUUGCUCGACACU